UUAAAAAACAAUUCAACUUCUGAGUAUAUGAAAAUUUUAGAUUCAUAAUAAUCUAUAUUUUUGGCUACGAUCAAUAAUGAGUUCUAUUCUUAUUUGUAUGUUUAUAAAUUGUAUUAUCCUUUGCUUUUCAUUAUAUGGUUAUUCAAAGAUUUAUAUGGAUUUAUUUAUAUAUAAUCUAUUAAAAAAGAAGUCAUGAUACCUUUAUGUCUGAUUUUUUAAUUAGAAAAAUACUUAAAAUAUUUAUGGAAUUUUACAUAACUUAGUUAUAACAUAUUUAUUUUUGUUUAACAUAUUAAUAAAUAUCCUACGAACAAUGUUUAACCACAUCUUUCAAAUAUGUUUUAAAAUGUUCUAAAGUUGUAUUUUCGAAAUUUUUUUUUCAACAGUUCAAGUUAAUUGAAACAUCUUUCUUUAAUAAUUAUAAUUCAUAAUCAAUAACUUCCUAAGACCAGAAAAUGUUUUAUAAUAUGUAACUUAUUUUCUAUUCAACCUAUAUUAAUGUUAUAUUAGAAAACUUACAAACUUUCCAACUAUUUAAUCCCUUGCAUCAUGUCUCUAUUGAACAACUCAUCCAUAUAUCUAGACAACUCCACUAACAUCUAAACAUGAGUCAAAUUUCUUGGAUUGUGCGCCACAAAACGUCACAAAGCCUGACAUCACCAAAAAGAAGCAUCACCAUGAAUAUAAAGAGACGAAAUACACAACAAACGAAGAUCGUGAUCUCUAUUGACAUGAAGACAACAAGUAGUGGUUAUCUAACACACGAAACAGCAAGCAAUAUGGAGUAUAUGCUUGGUUACCACGAGAUCGAUUUUGACACGAUUACUGAGAUAAUCGAGGAGGCUUCCGCCGUUGCCGCACACAAUAUCCCAACACUCAAUGAUCCCACCCAUAUUGAUUUUGAUAUAAUUGUUAAAAUAAAUGAUCUUAAUCCAGAUGCUCUCCGCAGAAUUGACCUGGACGUUUAUAUCACCGAGCUACGGGAUAAUCGAAGGGAUACAAUUCCUAGCGAAAUAAAUGAGAUAUGUCCAAUCUGUUGGGAAGAGUUUGGCACCGAACUGGAUAUCAACUCCUUGAGUUGUAAUCAUACCUAUCAUCAUCACUGCAUAUCGAACUGGGUUGAAAAAACCUUAACUUGCCCAUAUUGUAGAGCACUACUUGCUUAAUACACAGUAGAUCCAUUAUCUUAUCUAAUAAUUGUUUCCCCUGUUUUAAAAUUUUAAUUGAAAAAGAAAUAAUAAUAAUUAUAAUUGAAUUGCAUCCGUAAAGAAUUAUUAUUAUUAUUAUGUAUAAAUAAAGACGUAUCGGGUUUUAAUUAGGAAAGUCGGUUUUAAAGUGAUACUAUAAUUUAUAUUUGUAGAAAAUUAAAACAGACCAUAUAUAUUAUUUUAGUUUCGAAACUUUUUUUAAAAACUUGCUAUUAUUAUCUCUAUUAUACCUGUAAAAAAAAACAUCCCAAAUCAAAAUAUUAUAAAUACUACAAAUACAACAGUUAUUAUAAACCAAAGAUAAUAUUUAAAAUAUACUAACAUCAUGAAAACAGUAUUACGUUAUUAUAAAGAUGAAAUCAACCUUAACAAAUAAGUCAAAAAAAUUAACAUCCAUCUAUAAAUGCUCAUUAAAACCAACAUUAAAAGAAUUAUAUGCUCACUAAAUCAAAUAACCUCAAUUAUCUUCCCAAGUAUUAUUAAAUUAUAAAGAUAUAUUAGCCAAAAUAAUAUAGCUAAACUUAGUGUAUUAUGGUAGUUAAUUUUUUCCAUUUCCUAACAGAUUAUUUUGGCAAACCCAAAAUUACAAUCGUUAUUAAAUCCAAAGAGAUUUCUUUGAUAAUUUUAUGUUCUCAAAUUAUUAUAAGAGGAUGGAAAGAUCCAAAGAGAGAAAAUACAACUAUACAAUUUUUUGAUUCCAGAACAAUAACUUAGAUACAUUGUCUUAAAAACUUCCGCUAACAUAUAAAUUUCAGCGAAACUGAAACACUUUUAAUAAAAAACUCAUAAAAUUAACAUUCAGUAAUAAAUGCUCAUUCACACCAACGUUAAAAGAAAAAAAUUCAUAUAUCUAAACUCACUUUAUUUACCACAUUUCGACAAAAACUUCACCCCACACAAAUACCUCAACAAAGAGUGACAUACCACUUAUAUCUCAGCGAAUCUCACAUCAAAAAAUAUCUACAGGUGGAACCCCGAAGCAAACCCUCCAAGUUUAUUUGAAUAAAAAUUAUUAUAUUUGAAAUCACAAGUUAUAACACACUUAAUGUUUUUAAACAUAAAAUUAAAUAUUUGGUUUAAAAUUUUAAAAUAACAGACACAUUAAUUUAUUUUUGAACUCGAGACGAAAUCCGUACAAUAAUGUUUCUAUAUUUUCUGUAUUUAUAAAAGGAAUAAUAAAAGAUGAAACAUCACAUAAAAAUAAGACAUCAUAUUUGGAUAUAUUUAAAAAAAUACUUACAAAUAUAUUAUAUUCUUGAUAAUUUUAAAAUACAAAUAAAACUAAAUCAAUAUUUUGUAACAUGAAAAUAAUAAUUGGAUAAAAAAUAUAUUAUGUUAAUAAGUACAUUAAAGAUUUUGAAGAAUUCUAAUUUAUGUAAUAUUACAAAACUCCAAAUUUGCUUAUUAGAAUUAAUAUUCUACUAUUAGAUAGAUUAAAUUAAUGUUCUAGAACGUUAUUCGACUGUCAGUUCUCAACUAUUACACGUUAAAAAAAUUGAAUUUAUAAUUAGAACAAAUUAUAACCCACCUAUAUAUUAUUUUAGUUCGGAAUAUUUUUAAAAUACUUGCUAUUAUGAUUUCUAUUAAAGCUGGAAAUAUUAACUUCCCAAAUCAAAUUUUUUAAAUACUACAAAUACAACAGUUAUUGUAAACCAAAAAAAAAAAAAAUAUAUUAACAUUACCAUCACUUUUAAGCCCAUUUCCAAAAUCUAUUUAUUUUGGGAACCAUAUUACCAUUUCCUAGCUAUUUAUUCUACCCAUUACUAUUGUUAUUAGUUUAUUUAGAUCAUAUUUACAUUGAGAGUAGAACAUAAGAAUAUAGAAGUACAUAAAUUAAUACGUAUAAAUAAAAACGUGUAUCAAAUAAAGCUAUCAAAUUAGAUUACUACUAUACACGAAACAGUGUAUUAUGUUUUCAUUAUGAAAUUGGAUUAAUACUCUAUUUAAAUGGAUACUAAUAAUUUAAAAUUGGAAAAACAUAAUGACCCACAAUUAUUUUAUUUUAAUUAGAACAUUUCAAAAUUCUGUCUAGAUAUUUAAUUACCUUCUACUUUAAAUUUAAUCAUAACUAUAAUAUAUUACUUAAUAUAACCAAGAAAAUAACAUUAUCAAAACUACAGGAGGAUCCUCGCAAAAGAGGAAGCGAGGCCGACCACGUGGAUCACUUAAUAAACCAAAAGGUAUAUAUUUACUACCCAAAAUAGCUAAUCCUAAGAGAAAUUGUCUUAUCCCAAUUAUUAAACUGUGUACAUUUUCAGUUCAUCUGGUAAAUGACCGACCAUCAUUCAAACCAACAUAUUACGACUGUAAGUAUAUAUGGAUCAUAUUAUUAUAUCUUAAACCAAACUUAUUCAUCAAACAAACUAACUUCCCAGACUUAUUUUAACAGGUGGCUGUGAUAACUGCGACUCUUACAUCAAGCAGAAAAAUGCACGUAAUAUGAGAAAGGCCAUUUUGCUAUCCAAACGAACGUCGGCAUCGUCACGCGGUACGCAUAAUGGCUGAUAAAAUCUAUUUCGAUUUAUUACAUUUCUGAUUCAAAUUUACGUUGUUUCUAUAUAGAUACAAAUGCUCCACGAAAUCCACAAGGAACGCGUCGCACUCAACCAAAAAAGAAAGGUGCAUACUACUUAAACCCCUAUAUUUCCCAGAAAUAUAUAUAUAUAUAUAUAUAUAUAUAUUUAAUUUCCAAAAUAUAUUUUUUCAGCGUAAUGGUGUUUCUAAAAAUCAACUAAUUUCAAUUUUCAAAACUAAUUCAUUUUAACAAAUAAUUUUUUUUAAAAAAACAAAAUUACUAAAGAAAACAAAUAAAAAACUUUUUUACGAAAAUAUAAAAAAACAAAUUUCUAACCCUCCGUUAAACUCUCAAGAUUUCAAUAAACUAUUAUUUAACAAUUCGUAAUAAACAUUUUCAGAAAAAGGUUCCACAUCCCGGCUAGAUGAAAACCAAAUCGUACCAUGCUCAAAAUGUGGUGCAUUAAUGUGGACUUCUGAAAGCACUGCUACAGACCCACGAACAGGUGAACCAACUUUCACCCUUUGCUGUAACCAUGGCCAAAUCAAGCUUCCACCGAUCAACCGGCCGCCAGCCCUGUUAGAAAAACUUCUUCAAGCCAGAUGGUUUCGAGAUACUAUCCGAGUCUAUAAUUCUGUCCUUGCUUUUACAUCCGUUGGAAUGAAAAUGGAUCAUAGUGUCGUCCACGCACCUGGUCCUUAUACUAUACGGAUCCAAGGUCAAACCCACCACAGAAUUGGCUCCCUCAUACCACGACAAGGCUGUCUCCCAGAAUAUCUCCAGCUUUACAUAUUUGACACGGCCAACGAACUCAAAAACCGCCUAAACGCGAUGGGGCAAACCUCAGCAGAAGGUAACCUCGAUGAGCCAACGUUAGCCCUCCUCAUCGAGAUGAUUGACGAGAACAAUUGUCUGGCAAAGAUCUUUCGUCGUGCACGAGACCACUACGAAAGCGUUGGGUCAGAGUUUACUAUUAGGUUAGUCCAAGAUAAAGGGAAGGGGAAGGAAUAUGAUCUUCCAACUACAAGCGAGGUGGCAGGUCUUAUCGUGGGGGAUAUAACAUCAACAAUUGGAGAACGAGAUAUAGUGGUUCAGUUUCAAUCUGACACUCUGCAGCAGAUACGUGACGAUCACCCUCUAUAUAUGAGCCUCCAAUACCCUCUUUUGUUUCCGUAUGGUGAAUACGGGUUUCACCCAGAAAUUCCCCUGCAUCUUGAGACAGGCACUUCAAGAACAAGGCAAUUCGUGACCAUCCGUCAAUACUACGCUUCUCUAAUCCAAACACGUCCUAACCAAGGAAUGACGUUGAUUAAAGGCGGUCGUCUCCUCCAUCAGUUUAUUGUGGACGUUUAUACAGCGAUUGAAGAAGACCGACUGAGGUGGGCGAGAAAUAACCAAGAAAUCUUGCGGGCUGAGCUCUACAGCAAUGUCCUUGAUGCUGUAAGUAAAGGUGACACUGAUGCUAAAAUUAUCGGCCAGAGAUUUAUACUGCCCCCAAGUUUCACCGGAGGCCCCCGGUACUUGGUUGAGAAAUACCACGAUGCUAUGGCUAUUUGCAGAGAAUUCGGCAAUCCAGAUUUGUUUAUCACAAUGACAGCCAAUCCAAACUGGAGCGAGAUUAAAGAACAUCUUCAGAAAUACGGUGGAGAUUCUCCUAAUGAUAGACCGGAUAUUGAAUGUCGGGUUUUUAAGAUGAAGCUAGAUCAACUGCUCAAGGAUUUCAAAGCAGGCACUUUUUUCAAGCCAUAUAAGGCAGCUCUCCACCGAAUAGAGUUUCAAAAAAGAGGUCUCCCUCAUGCACAUAUAUUAUUGUGGUUAGGAAAUUCUACCAGAACACCAAGUGCAGAAGAAGUGGAUGAAAUAAUUUCGGCCGAGCUCCCCAACAGAGAGAAAGACCCAGCUGCUUACGACUUAGUCACGAAACACAUGAUCCACGGUCCAUGUGGACACUUCAAUCCGAAGUCACCAUGUAUGGAAAACAAUGUGUGCACGAAAAAGUAUCCUCGGCCGAAUAACGAUAACACUUCGAUUGACAAAUCCGGGUAUGUGUUAUAUCGUCGACGCCGAAAUAAAGAUCCGGGUACAGUUAAGUCUGGAGCUGUACUAGACAACACUUUCGUCGUGCCUCAUAACAUUAACCUUCUGAAGAAGUACGAAGCUCAUAUUAAUGUUGAAUGGUGUAAUCGGACAAGCGCGGUGAAAUACUUAUUCAAGUACAUAACCAAGGGCGUUGACCGAGCAACCGCUGUUAUUGAGAAAGGAAAUACAGCAACUACAUCCGACGCCACAGGAUCCGGAGGAUCAAAGGAGAAAGUCCUAAGGCAACGCAAUGAGAUCCAAGACUACAUUGAAGCCCGAUAUUUAUCAGCUUGUGAGUCUAUGUGGCGGACUUUCGCAUUCCACAUACACAAAAGAAAGCCGUCAGUUGAAAAGCUUAUCAUUCACUUGGAAGGCGAACAUAAUAUUACGGUUAAAUCAACAGACAACCUCGGUCGGGUAAUCCACAAACCGGGUAUCGAGAAGACGAUGUUCACAGAGUGGAUGGUUUUAUGCAGAAGGUCAGCGUUUGCCCGAACACUGACAUAUGUGCAGAUUCCUGAAUAUUUUGUCUGGAACAACAGUGCUAAAGUGUGGACUGAGCGUAAGAGAGGAAAAACAAUUGGCCGAGUCGUAGCUGUCCAUCCUUCGGCAGGCGAUCGAUACUACCUGAGGGUCCUCAUUAAUAAGAUCAAGGGUCCUAGAAGUUACGACGAGCUAAAAACAUACAACGACGUUAAAUACCCGGACUUCAAAUCAGUUUGCCAAGCACGAGGCCUUUUGGACGACGAUGUUGAAUGGCUCGAGAGUAUGUCGGAGGGUGCUCGAACGGCCAGCCCAUACCAGCUUCGUGAUAUGUUUGUCACAUUCCUAAACAACUGCUUCGUCGCAAGCCCUAAAGGACUAUGGGAACACUCAUGGAAAUCAAUGAGCGAGGACAUACUUCACAAGAGGCAAAGGAUCUUAGGCCACGCGAAUCUGGAACUGGACGAUAGUACCCUGGAGCAAUACACAUUGAUAGAAGUUGAAAAGCUGAUGCGCAUGCAAGAUCGCUCCUUAAACGAUUUUAAGGAUAUGCCGAAGAUCAAUCCUGUUUUGCUCAAGGAACUGGGGAACAGUUUGUGGAACCAAGAAAUGGAUUACGAUGUUGCGGAGGAAACACUAAGACAUGACAAGCAAUACAAAUUGCUCAAUGCUGAGCAACUUGCAAUCUAUGAAUCAGUCUUAGACUCGGUUGACAAGAAAGAAGGAAAACUUUUCUUUGUAUAUGGCGCAGGGGGCACAGGAAAAACAUUCUUAUACCAGACUAUUAUAUCCAGACUUCGGUCAAGAAAACAAAUUGUUCUACCAGUGGCUUCUUCGGGAAUAGCCGCAUUGCUACUACCAAACGGGAGAACAGCUCACUCUCGCUUCAAUAUUCCAUUGAAGCUCGACGAAGAUAAGCUUUGCAACAUCAAACCAGGUACAAUGCUUGCUGAGUUAAUUGAGGAAACAGACCUCAUAAUUUGGGAUGAGGCACCGAUGACACACAAACAUGCUUUCGAAGCAUUAGACAAGUCGUUGAAGGAUAUUAUGUCUAUCAAAAAUCCACCCGCAAAGAAUCAGCCUUUUGGUGGCAAAACAGUUAUGUUAGGUGGUGAUUUCAGACAGAUCCUACCAGUCAUUCCGCAAGGUAGAAGAGCUGAUACUGUACUUGCUUCGAUAAGCCAUUCAUAUCUAUGGAAUAGCUGCCACAAGUUCUCUUUGAAAACAAAUAUGCGAGUCAAUCAGGAUGAGAAAGAGUUUUCUGAAUGGCUUCUCACAGUCGGGGAAGGUCGUCUAGAAGAAGAACAAGAAUAUGAGGGGGAUGGGUACAAUGACCAACUCAUAGAUAUCGAUGACUCAUUGAUUUGUCAGAGUUUUGUUGACCCAUUGAAAGAAGUUGUUGAUGCUGCAUAUGGACAAAUCAGCAGCCCUAUGAAUUCCAAGACUUCCUACACCGAUAAAGCUAUCCUAACACCCCGUAACGAAACCGUUGAUGAAAUCAAUGCUUAUACCAUCUCACGGACCGAAGGGGUAUCAAGAGAUUACUACAGCUCAGACAGCUUCGAGUUAUCAGAUACUACAUCAGAUCAAAAUGAUACACUAUACUCCAUUGAGUAUCUUAACUCAUUGGAAUACUCGGGUUUGCCUUCGCACAAACUUACUCUGAAAGUUGGUGCCCCAGUUAUGCUUCUCAGAAACAUAAAUCAGAAAAAAGGAUUAUGCAACGGUACUCGGAUGAUCCUAACCCACGUUGGUGAACGCGUUCUGAAGGCCGAGAUCAUCACUGGAUCCCACAUUGGAGAAGAGGUCUUGAUCCCAAGAAUUGUGCUUUUGUAUGAUGAAACGAAAUUACCGUUCACAUUACGUCGGCGGCAAUUUCCUAUCAGAUUGUGCUACGCAAUGACAAUCAACAAAAGCCAAGGCCAAAGCUUAAAAGAGGUCAUCUUAUACCUGCCUAAGCCAGUCUUUUCUCAUGGUCAACUUUACGUGGCCCUCUCCCGUGUCACAAGCAAAGCAGGAUUAACGAUCAUCAAAACUGAAGAUCCACACCAGCUGAAAGUGAAGAACAUAGUCUACAAAGAAAUCUUCAAAGGCCUUCAUCCCGAGACAUGUAAUUUAAAUAAUUUAUUCUUUACUCCAAUCUUUUUCAGAAAUCUAAUAACAUGUUAUAUUCACAGAUUAACAACCUGGAAAAUAUCGACCCAGCGAUGAUACAAGCCAAUAAAGAAGAGACUAACACAUAGGUUUACCCCACCUACCCCAGGUACAAAACUUUUAAUUUAAUAGCAAUACCACAAUAUUCAACUAAACGUUUGCUGACUAACUAUUCUUAUCCAAUUUCAGGUCCUUUCUUUCUCAUGACCCUCAAAACAAUCGGAUCUGCAAAGACUUAAUCUGCUUCCUACAUUAUCUAUUUUACUUACAGCUUUUUUGGCUUUUAAGCAUUUGCGUAAACUCGAUCUCAAGCAAAAAUAAUGACUACCAACACACUUUUUUGUGUUCAAACAAACAAUACCUACAUCUAAUAUAAUAUUUUGGAUAAAGAAUUUCUUAGAAAAUAACCCGGGCGUAGCCCGGGAACUGACCUAGUAUAUUUUAAAGAGAAACUAUAAAAGCUAACCUACUUUAUCUGAGAACGUCCGCAUCAAUAGACCUUAAAUUAAAUUCCUCAACAUAAAUUUAUAUUAAUAUUUGAUUCUUAAAUAUAAAUAUUAAGUAUAUUAACAUUUUGUUGGCGAUUAUUUCAAAAAUUGAUUCACACUAAAAUUCUAAAACCACAUGCAUUGAGGAUUGGGGAUUUCAUCAAUUUUCGAGAAUUCAAAAAUACAAAAAUAAUAUAAAUAAAAAGAGAAAAAUAUAUAAUAUGAGAGACUUGAAAAUAUUAUUAAAAAAUGAUUUUACAUGUGCCAUUUAUAAAAAAAACACUGAUACCAAUUUCAUUAAAAGUUAAUAUAUUUAUAAUUUUGAGAUAGAAUAAAAACUUUAAUUUAAAAUUUAAAAUAUAUUUUUAUAAACUUAAUGAGUUUAUAAAAAUCGUGAUUCUCUAAAGUCUAUUAUUUCAAAUUUUAUUUUUUUAAAAUAAAUUAAUAAAAUAUUAGCAUAUUUUUGUUGCGUUAAAAUAAACAUAAUAUAUAUUUUUUAAUAGUUUUUAAAAAUAUUAUCCAUAAUGAUGAUGUAACAUCCUUCAAAAGAGUUAGAGCAUCAACAUUCGAAGAAAACUUUACAAAUCUCAGAAUAAUGAAAAUGAUAAUAUUUAAUUAUGUAGUUAUUUUCUAUUUUUCUUUUAAAUAAUUAAUGGAGCGUUGAUUUCUCAAAAAUGUAUGAGAGUCUCUCAUAUGAUAAGAUUUUUGUCUUCUCUUUUCUAUCUUUAAACUAUUUUUCUUUAUUCUAAAUAUGAGAGACCAUAAGAAAUUUUAUAUUUUCUAUAGCAUAUAAAAUAAUUUUUUUAGUAAUAGAGUACAAUCAGUUUUAGCUAUACCUUUAAAAAUUAAUCUAAAAAGAACUUUUUAAAAUCCUACUAAUCAUCCUACAUGUAUUAAAUAUAAAAUUUGCCAAUUUUACGUCAAUGGCAAACAAAAAAGGUCUUACAAGAAUGGUUUACAAGAAACUUUAUUUUGAGAAGAGUAGUUUAGCUAUCCGUGGUGAAAAUGAUUUUUUUGAGAAAAAUACUUUUUAGCUUUUUUUUUGUUGAAAAUAAAUCAUUUUAUUAUUAAUUUGUUAAAUUGAAUAAAUAAAAUAAAUAAAUGAAAAUCAUAUAUUUUUGACAAGAUGUAGAAUUAAAUCAUGGAAGAUCGCGGAACCUGAGAUUGUGUAAAGCAUGUGAAACACCAACAUAACUUCAGUUUAGUUAACUGAAUUAAAAUACAUAUUACAAAGAAAAAUUACCAUAAAUACCACAUUCAUAUUACAAUUUUUCAUGUUUACACAAAUCAUUUUUACCAUCACUUUUAAUGAAAAGUAAAAGAUACUUAGGGUUUAGAGGUGAAUGAGGUGAAUGAGAGAUAGGGUAGUAUUUUUUAAAUCUGAAAUUUAGGAUUCUAAUAAAUAUAUAAAUAAAUACUUAAAUUUUUUUUAAGUGAAAAAAUAGUUUCAAACAUCAUUUUUGAUUUUCAAAAAUCAAUUAUGAAAAAAAAAAUAAAAAAAAGUUAGAAAACAAAUUUGAAAAAAGAUUUAUAAAAAGUUCGAAUUUGAAAAAUUAUAAUU